CUCACGCGCGGGCAGCUCGUGCGCAAGGACGUCGUCACGCGCACCUCCGGCGUGCGCCUCGGCGUCACCUCGGACCUGUGGGUCGACACCGACGCGUGGGAGGUGGUCGCGCUCGACGUCCGCCCGUCCGGAGGCGCGCUCCUCGCGGGCGUCAUCGGCGGCGCGGUCGACCACGUCCUCAUGUCCUCGCUCCGGCAGGUCGGCGACGUCGUCCUCGUGCACGACGAGAGCGCGGUCGAGCGGCGAUGGAGCUCGUACGGGCUGAGCACCGUCGUCGGGUGCGACGUCGUGACGGAGCGCGGGACGUACAUCGGCCGCGUGCGCGAUUACGAGUUCGACCCGGACGACGGACUCGUCCAACGCGUCGUCGUGGACGCGCUCGGGCUGCCGCUCGUGCCCGAGGGCGUCGUGAGCACGUACGCGCUGGACGUGAGCGAGAUUUUGAGCGCGGGGAUGGACCGCGUCAUCGUCGCGGAGGGCGCGGAGGCGCGCGUGGAGCAGCUGUCGGUGUCGCUGCUGCAGCGGCUGCAGCUGACGGCGCCGCCGUGGGAA